AUGCCACUUAUGAUAUUGCAGGGAUCGUUUAGUGAAGCAAAAGUAGACUCCUUCAACUUGCCUAUAUAUUAUCCACCCAUUAAGGAAUUGGAAGCAUUGAUAGGAGGAAACAGUGGCUUCAGCAUUGAGAGAAUGGAGAUCAUGAAGAACCCAGCUAAACACGUCACAAUGCCUAGCGUUAGACUACGUACCUUAUUCUUGAGAGCUUGCUUCGAGGGACUUUUGGAGAAUCAUUUCGGAAGUAAAAUCAUGGACGAAUUGUUCGAACGUUAUUCCAAGAAAGUUGCAGAAGCCAGCUUUACCAUGAAUCCAGAAAAUGAUAAAUCUAUUUUAAUGUUUGUCCUCCUUAAGCGUAAAGCUUAGUUACAUAAACACCGAUCCCUUAGGUUCACCCCGAGGCUCGUGGUUUGCCCAGGGGUCGAUACUGAUAAAAUAAAGAAUAAAUAUCACGUACAAUCCUUAGAUUC